UAGCGGACACGUAAGCAUUCGGUCGGCUCGUGCAGAUGGUUGUGCAGUCGACUAUUGUAUUUCGGAAAACUCUUUUAAUCGACGUAAUUUGGUGCAAGUUUCAAGUGUUUUUUUAACUUUAUACCGAUAUAUAAAAGUGUUUGGUGACGCCAGAGGAACUGUAUGUAUUGCAACUAAUACAGCUUGAAUUGAUUCUGUGCAUUGACAAGUCAAAUUGACAUAACGGACAUUCAGGAAGCUGACAGAAACAUCGACGACUGUCAAGUGGGAGAGACGAUGCCUUCUGGAUAAGAUUCCUCCGUGAUUUUGUUCUGUGUCUCAAGAAUCACUUCGUCGAGUGCAGCAGCGACGCCUUCGGGUUUCAUUGCAAGGACGUUCGUGUGACAAGUCUGAAAUCGAUAUCGUCUGUGAUAUUACUAGUUUUCUGUGUUCAUUAUUCACUGUGAUCUGUGUUCUGUGUGCACUUGGUCUGUCCGGUGGCGAUAAGAUUAAAUACAAGAGCCCAGUGUUCCGUGCAGCGCCCAGAAUCUCACACGUGCGCCUUCUGUUGUCGAUGCUGGCCAUCCCGUCAUCUGCACCUCCACUCUCGUUGCUUGCUGUCCCUCAAGGGUGGUGUGGUACCCCCGCUGGUUGUCUGGCUCAUGUUGAAGGCUAUGGUUGCAGGACAGACGGCGGAAACUCAUGAUGACAUGUAUUGCUCUCAAUAUGACUACUACCAAGACUAUUACCCUCAGCAGCCGGAGCUGUGUCCCGCGCAUGCGCAGCUCUGCACUGUCCACGGAGAGUACGGGCCGGUGACUGUGCCGAUGGUGUCGACCAAUUCGUCUCCUCCCAUCGCGAUGCCAGUGCAAGUGCCCCCCGGUCACGUGGUCCAGCAGAUCGUGGACGAGAGCGGAACGCUCCGCCACGUCAUCCUGUCCCCGCAGCCGCCGAUCGUCCCGAUGCCGCCACCUCACUACGGACCAGGGCCUGGGACCAGCACAAACCAGCCUCCGCAACCAUUCUUUGCUCCGCAGGGUCUGCCCCCGGGAUAUCAUUUUGGCCAUGGAAGUCCGAUGCAGCCGGGCGUCAUGGGACACGGACCUCCGCCUACGCAGCAGGCGCACUCUCCUCCGCCGCCACUUAAUUUCAAGGAUGAGAGGACGCAGCGUCAAUAUAUCAAAUUGAAGAAAAAGCUGGAGCAGAAGCACAUGCGAGUAGACAAUGUCAGUAUUACCUCUUCACAAGUUACGCCGCCCAUCUCGCCCAGAAAAGAACUGGCGAACGGUGUGCGGCGGGGCAAGGACCGUGGGAUGAGUAGCGUUGGUACGUCUGAAGAUGGAGAGGAAAGCAGUAGUGUGCAGGAGGAUGAGGAGGAGGAUGUCCAUCUCAUUAUGGAGAUGUUGUCCACUGUCAAGCCUCCACAGGUUGCAGAACUAAGUUCGCGAAGUGCCUUACUCCAUUGGUUGCCCCCAGAACGAUUCACUGAAUCUCCCACGUUGGAAGGAAAGCGCUCCGAGUUUGACUUCUCGGAUGCUGACCUCUGUUACGAGGUGUUGCUGAGUGAUAAGGGGAAGGAAGGAAAGUACAAGUCAAUUUACAGUGGCGUUUCUCUUUCUUGCAGGAUUGAAGAUCUGAGGCCUGGGACAGAAUACUCAGUGUGUCUGCAGGUACAGCUCGAAGAACUUCAGAGUUCAGUAUCAGAGCCCACCACCUUCGUAACUCCAGCCUGCGAACCUGAUCAGCCGCAGCCCCCGAAACUCAUCACCCGUUCUCGUACUAGCCUUCAACUCAGGUGGAAUGGAUCCGCAGACAAUGGGUCUCACAUAACGCAUUACAUUCUCGAGUAUGACGAAGGAAGAGAUGAAGGCUUUGUGGAAGUGUUCAAGAGCAGAGGAAAACAGCAUAAUCUCGCCAAGCUCCAAGCGUCGACGGGCUAUAAGUUCAGGCUGGCCGCAGUGAAUGCGUACGGUAAAAGUUGUUAUUCGGACGUGGUGCAGUUCUCGACGUCCGGAAGCCCUCCCAGCCAACCGACUCCGCCAGUGCUCAAAGAAGCCUCAGUCACCAGUCUUCAUCUGGCAUGGCAGAUGCGUCCAUUUGACGAUGACUUUUCUCUUCAAAUGGAUCACAGAGAAUUGGGGCACGGUUUCCUUCCCGUCUACAACGGCAAGGACUUGCAUUACGUCUGUGACGGACUUCGCAGACAUACAGAAUACUGGUUUCGACUUCGUGCUCACAACGAGGAAGGUCCCUCACGCUGGUCUGAUGAAGUUUGUUAUCGGACGCUUCCCGACAGACCCGCCACACCUUCCAGGCCUACGGUCAAGGGUCGUGUUCAUGCUCAGACAUUUAAAAUGAAGUGGGAUCCUCCAUCAGACUGCGGUGGUGCAGAUAUUACCACAUAUCUUCUGGAACUUGAUGGAGGAAGUGGUUUUGAAACUGCGUAUACAGGUUCAGAGACAGAAUUUAUAUGCGAUCGCCUGACUCCCGGCACCACGUACCAGUUGCGCGUGUCGUGCAUCAGUGCAGGAGGCCGUAGCAAAUGUUCAGACCCGUGCAUUGUUACUACAGAGGCUGUUUGUCCUGGAAAAUGCUCUCCACCUCGCUUGCAUGGCAAACCACGUGCCACUUCCCUUGCCCUCAAAUGGAGUUAUCCUGAAUAUGAUGGAGGAGCUCCACUUUCUGAAUUUGAAGUUGAAAUGACAAGUCCAAACUCCAGCCGGCAGCAGACGUACAGAGGGAAAGAUGCUGAAUGCAUAGUUUCAAAUCUGUGUCCUGGACAAACCUACGUCUUCCAAGUCAGGGCAUUUAAUAGGGUUGGGCCUGGUCCAUGGUCUGACAGCCUAGAGGUGAUGAGUGGGGCCGCACCUCCCGACACCCCCCGUGAACCCGCGGUUAUAUGUCGGUCCUCCCACCACGCCGUUGUUCACUGGGAUGAGCCUUCCAGCAAUGGAGCACCAAUCACAGAGUACCGGCUUGAGAUGAGUAUGGCGGACAGAGAACCGGAUUACACCACAGUAUUCCAUGGCCUGAAUAACUCGCAUGAAAUUAAAGGCCUAAGCGCAGCGACUCCGUACUAUUUUCGGAUACAGGCUUGUAACAGUGCUGGCUGGAGUGGAGUCUCGGCCACAUGUCAAACCAUUACGCCUCCCUCCUCGCCUGCAGCCGUGUGUUUGCCUCGUUACGUAGCCACGCCAACGACCUUAAAGCUGUCUUGGCAGGAGCCAGCCUGCCAUGGAGCUGAUAUUCUCCAUUAUAAUAUUGACAUGAGUGACCAUGUCAAAUCUACCAGUGGACCAGCAGUGGAGCACGCACUGGAAGGCCUAAUUCCAGACACAACUUACAGACUGCGAGUGCAGGCAGUGAACAACGUGGGACCAGGACCGUUUUCACCCAUCUUGCGUGCAACAACCUUGCCACUCCCUCCGGCCCCACCCAAACUUGAAUGUGCUGGUGUGGGGCACAACUACCUGAAGCUCAAGUGGGGCGAUGGCAAGAACCCCAAUUUCAACCAGUACAUGGUCGAAUCAGAGAAUACGUGGACGAAAGAAUUUCAGUGUGUGUACCAAGGCACAAGUCAUACCUGUAAAGUAAAUCGUCUGCAAGAAAUGACGAUGUAUAGGUUCCGAAUUGCAGCAGCUAAUGGUGCGGGGCAGGGACAUUAUUCUGAGAUCUAUGAAUUCAGCACCUGCAUUGCACCACCUCCCUCUCUAAAAGCUCCAAAAUUCAGUGACAUUCAACAAAGGAGCUGUGUGGUUGAAUGGAAUGCUUGUAAACCCAUUGGUAGUGACCCAGUAGUAUAUCAAGUUCAGCUUUCACGUCUCCGAGACCAGGAAUAUAAACAAGUGUAUAGAGGAGCUGAGACCAAAGUGCAGCUGAAUGACCUUGAACCAGGCGCAGACUACAGUGUUCGGGUUUGUCCCGUAAGGCAAGCGACUAUUGGAGAUUUAUGUGGUGUGUACUCUCCAUCAUCAACCUUCUCCACCUUGCUGCCAGAUUUAGCGACGGUUGCAACUACGAAGACAGCUAUUUUGCAGGUCACUGAGAGAAAGCCAUUGUCAGAUCAGCAGUGGGCAUUGAUCAUUCUUUGUGGCUUCACUCUGUUUGCUUUGCUGACGGCCGUAGUAAUGCAGAAAGUGAUUCACUGGAGCAAAGGAGCACCAUGAAGGGCUGAAGCCAAGCAGCAUUUCUGUUGUGUUGCGUUCACCCCUGAUAUUCCGUAUUAACUAUGAUCGCACGUUAAUUUUUAUUAUUUUCUUUUUGUUUAUUUUCUUCUUGGACCAUUUUAUAUUAUUAUUAACUACUAUAUAACUGCUUUCCAACCAUGGCUUGCUGUACUCUUGAUGACACACAGAGAAGAGGUAAAGUGUAUUAAACUAAUAGCUACAGGUCAUUAGCGUUCUGGGAGCACACAUCACUUCCAUUUAAUUGGUUAAUUUAAUUACUAAAGCUGAUCUACUGUGUGUUGUGAUUCAAGUGACAAGUGGCGUCUUACAAACCAUGAUUGGAAGGAACCUUAACUUUUUGGCCGUUGGGACCAUAAGCUGUGGAUCAGUUCUUGGAAGAAGGGAAAGAAAUGUAAAUUACAACUUUCAAAUUAAUAAACUGUCAUAAGUUGUGUAAUUGAAUUUUGUAUGUCACUGUCUUGUGUCAGUUAUGCCUCUCGUGAAGUUCGGACUUGUCGGUGACAUCGUACGUUUUAUUUUCAGGUUUUUAUAGAUUUGUUCCUCAAUUCCAUUCCAUGAACUUCUUUCUGAUGUUUACCCUUUAAUCAUGCCUUUUCAUAUAUUUGCAUCAACCAAGUAACUUGUGUAUGUAAGGCAUGCAGCUUUGAAUGUUGUUUUUAUGAUUCUACAGACUGCUUUACGGAUGUGGAGCUCUGCUGGUACGUGGCUCCUCCAUGCUUGUUUUCUUAACAGCAUGUGCUGUACUGUAUCAGAGUGUCAGUAUUUCUUGGCAGUGCAUCUUUUUUUGUGACAACUGUACUGUGGUUAUUUACUCUUAUUAUCCAUAAGAAUGGUGGUUGGUGAGUUUUGACAUCAUUUUGGGCAUGCUUACAACCGUGCAGAACACCCACUAAAAAAAACUCUAUCUAUCCAUAUGCAUUAAAACAAGUGAACUAGUUUCAGUUCCAUUUUAUAAAAAUGUUGACCUGUUUCAAUUUUCAUUUACAUUGGACAGUUUCAAUAACCUCUUUACAAAGAAAAUUGUUUUUGAAUUUAAGCAGAAAAAUUUCACUGGUAACAUAGCACAUAAUUUUACCAUUGAUAUCUUACCAAGUCACUGCUGUAGCUUAAGUAGCUUGAAUUGCCUCAUCACCCCCACCCCUCCACCAUUUCCAAAUCAAUAGACAAAUGUUUAGAUGCAGUAAAUAAAAAUAUUUAAAUUCUCCUUUGCACCUGAUGGUUCAAGUUCCUCUGCUAUACAACUCUUGUAAUAUUAUCAAGUAUGUAAUGAAAAUCCCAUUUCUCGAAACUUUCUGCUUUCAUCGGAGACUUUGGGUGAUUCUGAUGGGUGUACAUAGUAUGUCCUUUACUCUCAAGACUGCAUCAUCGUGUCAAAGCUCAUUUGUCUCACACAUCUUUGAUGUUAUGUGUGAUUCACAAAAGUCAAAUUCUGGCAAAUGCACCACAGUUAUGCUAUUCAUACAUUUCCUAACUUUGUUUCCUAAUCACUGUUGAGUGGGGUGUUGUGUGAGAUCCUCUCUAUUGAUUGGCAUUUCAUAUAUCGUCAUUAGGCCUAACGUAAUGUUAUCGUACUUCCUGAAAUGUAUUUUGUUUUCAUCUGCUGUGCAUUACAUUACUGUCUAAGUCUGUGACGCAUGUAGCGUGCGUUCUUAUGGUAUUUACUGAAAUCUCUUAUUUGUUACAUGACUAUCUGAAUUGGGGAGUGGGGUCAGGUAAAGAUUUUGCUUUAUCUUUUUUCGUUCUUUAACUUUGGUCGGAAUGCACAGUGGUGAUGCCAUAUAGUAGCUAAUAUCAUGUGGUUCUGAUGCAGACUGUUAGGAACUGUGUAAUACACAGUGGAGAUUAACCAUGAAUAUUUGUAGAGGAUUUGUAUUCUAUUUACAUUAUUUUCUCCAUAAUAUAACAUUUGUUUUUCCCUUCUUGGGGGUUAUGGGAUAUUUUCAACAAGUAUUCUGUUGCAUUUUAAAGACAUGUUAUGUGGCAGGUGUUGUCUGUGGUGCUAAAAUUGUAUUCCUAGUUAUUAUGUUAAUAGUGUAAUAAUGAAUUCCAUGGGCUAUAAACCAGGAGCAUGAAACCAAUGUAUUUUUAAUAUGAUAUUAAAAUGUGAUUGAUUUUUAGGUGCAACCAUCAUAAAUUGAAUGAGAUGGGAUUUGUUUAAAUAUGUAUGUUGUGUAUGAACAUUGUAAAUUGCUUCCAUAUGCCUUAAUUUAACACAUUCACUGUGUUCUGCUAAGCAGCGCUGGUUUCCAGGUCACAGUGAAGUGAAUUAGGAUAUGUAUAUAUAUAUAUUAUAUAUGGUUACAGAGGUGUUAAAUUAUUUCAUUGAAAUUUAUAGUAAAUUAGUUUGUGACUGGAUCAUAUUCUUGUAUGUAAUCAUUUUCAAAAAAAAUAAAUAAAAAUAAAAGAGGGAAAACUGUAAUAGUGGUUGGAAAGCAGAAUACUUUAUACUGUUGUCUUGUGCUUAUGAAAUGGUGAACUAUUAUACAUUAUUUUUAUUGUUACAAUUCCUAUAUAAAAAUUGAAAUUAUUAUUAUUGUUUA